AGCUUCUCGUUGUUCUGCUAGUGGCUGAUUACUUGGCGUCAUGUCACAUUUAAUUGUAAUAAUUCCUAAAACUUUACCUGAUGAAGGAAAAUGGCUAUUCGUAAUUGCAGAAAAUUGGAUAGAGAAUGAUAUACUCUUUUUACCAGACAAUUCUUAUUCUGCGGCUCACAAAAUUCAUCUCCUGAAAGGUGGUACUCAUCCAGAUGUUGUAAAUUGGGACAGACGCCAUACUUUCAAAAUCAUAGAUACAUUUGGCACAUAUGAGGAGGCUAGAUUGAAUCUUCCCCGGGUAGAAUCUGGUUUGCCCAUUUUGGAUAAUAACAACACAGGAAGAGGACAACGAGAAAGAAAGAAGAAGAAGCUUACCCUGCCAGGGGAAUCCACAACGGACUUUGAAAGUGAAAAUGAAGUUAUCUCUAAACCCGCUCCACAAUCAGUAGUGAAGGCCAAUAAGCAUUCCAAGAAGUCUCCUAAGAUAACGUCAAGAAAACCACAAUCAUCUUCAACGCCUAUUUUAAUACCACCAGCAGAAACCGUACAACCACAACCAAAUUAUUCUGGAUAUUACAACUUGGGAAUGCCACCAUUUUGGGAGCAUAAUUUGAAUUAUCCAAAUUCUUAUAACCAAAGUUAUACACCACCUCCUGCUUCGUAUGAUUUUCCCAGCCAGCCUAUGGGUAAUAUCUCAAGCAAUGGCAAUUCAUCUCAGUUGGUUGCUCAAACUUAUGUAAUGCAGUCAACCUCUGUUCAGGGAAUGCGUUAUCCAACGCCCGCACCAUCCCCGUCCACUGUACAUGAAUCACCCGUCAGUGCACCUAUCAUCGCUCAGCCAGCGCACCAAAGGUAUCAACAUCAAGGCCUGUCAACCUCUCUUCAGGGAAUACUUUAUCCAACGCCCACACCAUCCCCGUCCACUGUACAUGAAUUUCCCGUCAGUGCACCUAUAAUCCCUCAGUCAGCUCUCCAAAGGUAUCAAAAUCAACAUCCAACCAGUAAUACCAGGGCAAAUGAGCUUGAUGGUCACACAGCUGGGGUUGUUCCAUUACAUGGGAAAGUUGCUCCUAAAAAAGAAAUGUUCAUGUCGGCUCUAGCAAAAAUUAACGACAAACUGUCAGUGAUAGAAAAGUCAAUGAAACCAAUAAGUGAUGAAGAGUCAAGUGACAUUGUUGAUGAAUUUAAUGCUCUUCCUUUGAAGACUUUUGAAGAUUUUGAUAGUUUUGAAAAAAAAAUAAAGAAAGACGAAGAAGUAAGUCAUGUUUUUACUUUAAUAAUCAAAAGUCAUUUUUUUUUUUACUUUUUAGAUGGAAUACGUUCAAUUAAAUCUUUCCUUGAAAUGGAAUACGAAUUGUUCGUUAGGGAAACGAAGCAACAUCUGCGUAACGCAAAGUCCCGUUUUAAUUCCGCGAAAAUUGAUACUCAAUCGGAUGAAGAGUCAGAUGACAAUUAAGAAUUAGUUUUCAUUCAUUUAUACGUCGUCCUGAAACUCACCUUGCCUUCCGUGUGUUCCGUUUUCACGAACAUUUAUUCUUUUGGAUCAAGAAAAGUCUU